AUGAAGAGCUUCGCAACGGUCCUCCUUGCUGUCUUGGGCGGCGUCACGGCGCAGACGACGACAGUUAUUGAGGUCGUGAACCCCUUUUUCGGACACAACCCCUUUGAUGCCUCUAUUGUGGAUGUCAACCCUACCGCGACAACGUACGCCGUGUACUGCCAAAGAAACAGCACCAACUACCAGUGUCGAGGCGAUCCUUCCGGCAGCACCAUGACACUUGUGGGGGGGCCUUCCACCGUCGAGGUCCACAUCGAGCAGCCCGAAAGCGGACUCUCGACCCAGUUCAUUGGCACCAUCUCGGGAGGCCAGCUGGAUUACGAAGGCGUCAUCAUGAAGAACGGGAGGACUGCCCAAAUCGCCCACAUGGUCAUGUCGCCCGUCACGAACGAGGACGCCCGCGUGCCCCUCACCGUCACCGCCGGCGUUGAGAAGCUGCUGGCCCAGGCCACAGCGACGACGGAGUCCGGCGGCGCGCAGUCCGGGCCGACCGCGACUGGCACCCAAGCCACGCUGACGUCUACCCCGACGUCCACGCCAAACGCCGCUGUGUCGCGGGCCGGUCAGAAGCGGCAUUUGAAUGGGAUCGCCGGUGCUGCUGCUGUGGCGGCAGUCAUGAUGCUCUAA